CAGUCCCCUUCUCUCAAUCUCUCUCUCUUUUUUUUUUUUUCUUUUGUUUUGCUUUUGGGUCCGGGAUUUUUAAAUUCCACCUCUAAAAUCCCUAAUUUCAGAUCCAGCUAUAAUUAUCCUCGAUUGACCUUAUUCCCAAUCAGGAUAACGCUAUCCUCUCAAUAUGAUGCAACAGCCAGGAUCCGGAGUUGUUCCCCAGCAGCAGCAGCAGCAAGCAACGGAUCAGCAGCAGUGGAUGAUGAUGCAGCAGCAGCAGCCUGUUCCGCCUCCGUCUGGGUGGACUCCGCCACCUGUCCCUCUUCCGACUCAAUACGGUGUUGCAGGUGCUGCUAGCGGCGGUGCAGAGUCCAGCGAGAUUAAAUCUUUAUGGAUUGGUGAUUUACAGCAGUGGAUGGACGAAGGCUAUCUCUUUAAUAUCUUCUCUGGCACCGGAGAGGUUGUGUCUGCAAAGGUUAUAAGGAAUAAGCAGACAGGCAUGCCGGAGGGUUAUGGUUUUGUUGAGUUUAUUAAUCGAGCAGCAGCAGAGAGGAUUUUGCAGACGUAUAAUGGUACACAAAUGCCAAAUACUGAACAGAAUUUCCGGCUGAAUUGGGCUACUCUUGCAGCUGGUGAGCGGCGUCAAGAUGAUGGUCCGGAUUAUACUGUUUUUGUUGGAGAUUUGGCUCCUGAUGUUAAUGAUUUUAUAUUGCAAGAAACAUUUAGAACUGUUUACCCCUCUGUGAAAGGUGCAAAAGUUGUUACUGACAGGCUUACUGGACGGACUAAGGGUUAUGGGUUUGUGAGAUUUGGUGAUGAAAAUGAACAAAGAAGAGCUAUGGUUGAAAUGAAUGGUCAAUAUUGUUCUACUAGGGCUAUGCGGAUUGGUCCUGCUGCUACUAAGAAACCUGCAGUUCAGCAAUAUCAGAAAGCACCCUAUCAGAGUACUCAAGGAACACAGGGAGAGAAUGAUCCAAAUAAUACAACUAUAUUUGUGGGGGCCUUGGAUCCAAGUGUUUCAGAUGAGCAUUUGAGACAAGUGUUUGGUAAAUAUGGUGAGCUAGUGCAUGUGAAAAUACCUGCAGGCAAACGAUGUGGAUUUGUGCAGUUUGCUAACAGAGCUUGUGCGGAACAAGCACUCUUGGGAUUGAAUGGAACACAGUUAGCAGGACAAAGUAUUAGACUUUCAUGGGGCCGGAGUCCUUCAAACAAGCAGGCUCAGCCAGAUCAAAGCCAGUGGAAUGGUGGAUAUUAUGGAUAUGCACAAGGAUAUGAUGCGUAUGGAUAUGCACCCCCCCAAGACCCUAACAUGUAUUACGGUGGGUAUCCUGGAUAUGGAAAUUACCAGCAACCAGGAACUUACCAACAGCCACAGCAGGUGUACCAGCAGCCACAGCAGUGAUCUGUUCUGUUGCCAGAUGAAGUGCAAAGAGGCGCCCCUGUUCCUUAGCCAUCACAAAUUCCCGCUGCAGCUGUUGGCAUUCUACAGGCUAUUGUAUAAUGCUUCUUGGUGUUUGGAACUAGGCUUUACACCAUCUUGUUUUAGCUUCAGAUUAUUGAUAACUAUAGUGUGUUUGAGGAAUCAUCUGUGGCAUCAUCUUGGAUUUGCGAGAUAUUGCUGUUGUGCUCUGUCCAAUGGAUCUUCAUACUUUUUCUUUUUCCUAUUGUCAUUAUUAUUAUUAUUAUUA